CCGCGGAGGUUCGCUUAGAGCGACCAGAAUCAAUGCAUGCGGCUAUGGAAGUGGCCCGACGCCGAGAAGAUCAUCUUGUGGCAACUCGAAGGGGACGGGCAGAUGCACGCUACCCCAAGACACGACGCGCACAACCGGAUGCAAGCGAUAUGGUUCCGAGCGGUCGACCACCUGACAACUCUCGACCGACUAAUAGCACACGACCGCCAGUCAAGCACUUGACGCUCGAGGAGAUAAGACGCCGACGGGAGAAAGGGCUAUGUUUUAAAUGCGAAGAAAGAUUUACGCCUGGUCAUCAAUACAAGCAGGCUUUUGUCAUCCACGUUAUAGACCCGAAUGAGGAAGAGCCCGAGGUUGAGAAGGAUUGGGAGCAAGAAGUCGAGGCUGGGGUUCCCAAAGAGGAGGCCAAAAUCUCGAUGCAUGCGAUGGCGGGUACAAGAGGACCGACGACGAUGCGGCUACCGGCGUUGGUCAAGGACCGUCGUGUAGUCGUGCUAGUAGACAACGGAUCAUCGCACAACUUCAUCAACGCCGAUCUAUCUCGAAAGUUGAAGUUUCCAACGAUGAAGGUCGAACCAUUUGAGGUCCGAGUAGCCAAUGGAGAACAGCUAAAGUGCUCGGAGGCUUACCGUGCGAUACCGAUCAAUUUUGAAAGAGUCACCAUCAAAGCCGAUCUCUAUGCGCUUGUUGGACCCGACGUUGUGUUAGGAGUACAAUGGCUCGAAGGCUUAGGAAAGGUGACCACCGACUACCAGAUGGGAAUAAUGGAGUUUGACUCAGGAGAGCACCGGGUCACGUUAAAAGCGAGCAAAGAUAGCAGAGCCAAGGAGUUUGGUCUCAAGAGUAUUGAGCGGGUUUGGCAUGGGGACGGUCAGAUUUUUACCGUCGAGGAAGUAGGCGCAUACGUGAGCAUGGUCGAGCAUGUCUCGACGGAAUAUGAUGGCCCACCUAUCUUCGACGUGUACUCCGAGGAUGAACUCAUGGACGACGAAGUAGUCGAGGAAGCUGCGAUCAAGGAAACUGAGGUCGAAGGCAAGGUGCCCAAGAUUUGGACGAUCGAGCAGCAACAGUCCAAGAUACGCGAGUUGGUUAGAGCAUCCGACCACGUACUAGGCAAGUCCGACAAAGAAGGCUGGGACGAUGCACAGUGUAAGGAGCCUAUCCUUCUGUUCGAAUUCUCAAAAUAUUUUGAGGACCCAAAGGUCGACGAGUACGAGAAUGAGUCAAUGGAUAAUGAAGGAACGCCUAUUUUCGAUGUAUACCCCGACGAGCACUUUGUCGAUGGGGAAGGAAUUUUGGUCGAAGUCAAGAAGAAGAUAUCGGACGUGAUCGAAAAAGACUGCAGUGAAGAGAUGCAUGAUGUAAACGAGGUAAUGACGCCCCAAUUAAUG